CUUUUCCUUGAGAGAAUAAAUAUAUUUAAUUUAAAAAAACUUUUUCAGUACUUGUAAUUUGAACACUUAAGAAUAUUUUUUGUUUUUGUUUUGAUAAGCAGACCUAUUUGACAGCAGGAAAUUGUUCUAAGCACUUUUGGAAUGUUAUAGGCCAUACACCUAAAGUUCAUUGUCCUUUAUGAGGGGCUGUUUCUUAACCCUUAGGCAUGGGAGAAGCCCGGGGCCAAAGUCAAUGCAUAUAAAAAAGGAAAUGCCUUUAAAAAAAAGCCUUGAUUAUCUGUAAAUAACCCCAACAUGAGCCAACAACAGCACCUGGCUCCGAAUCUAAAUCUGAGUGGGAGGCUGCACUGUAAAGCUAAUGAGUAAACACUACUUAUCACAGCUCUAUUAUGCGUGGUCUGCUAGGUAAAUCUCUAUCUACUCUGCUGAGAAACGUGUUUGUGUCUAAGAUUUGAGGAGGUAAAUGUUAGUUAGAGGACUUUACAGGCAUGCCAAUUGUUUAUGCGCCGUGCUGCGGGCCUGAGGAGAGGCUUACUGGAGGUUUCUGUGGGGAGGAGAAGGGAGCCAGACAGGCGACAGUCAGCGCUGUCUUGGCCUCAGGGCAGAGGCAGAGAGCGAGCAGGCGAGCCAAUGAGAAGGAGACAUAAACUCCCCUCUGUCCUGCCCGCCUUGGCUCAGCUCGGCGCGCCCUGUAAUUACGAGCUCUAGUUGGGUUGGGCGCCGCCACGGUGGACAGCCCGGCUGCUGCGUCAAGGGAGUUUGGGAACGCCAGCUCCAGACGGUGAGGACUUCUGAACACUCCUUGGUAACAGUUUAGGGCAAAACAACCCCAAAGAAGCUGGGAAAUGAACGGGCAAUCCUCACCUGUCUUCGAGGAGAAGAAACCUCCCCUCCUAGUUGGGAGCUCCAUCUCAGCCACCAAGGAUUCACCAACCCUGCCAGAGUCUUCAUCCACAGAUGGCUUCUACAGCGGUCAGAGUGCGCUCCAUGGCCCGCAGGACUUCUACCAGGCGCAGCAGCCUUACUCAGCCCAACAUAUGAAUCCGUACGCGUACCACCACUAUAACCUGAACGGGAUGGGUCCAGGCGGUGCGUACCCUGUGAGCAAGUCAGAAUACCCGUAUCCCCAUGCAGCAUUCAGAGAGCACGGUACAUUCAGCAGGGAGGUGCAGUCAACGCUGCUGGACGGAGUAAAAGAGGAACCACUUGUCGAGGUUCGGAUGGUCAAUGGGAAGCCGAAGAAGGUGCGAAAGCCACGGACCAUCUACUCGAGCUACCAGCUUGCCGUCCUGCAGCGGAGAUUCCAGUCGGCACAGUACCUGGCACUUCCGGAGCGUGCCGAGCUGGCCGCACAGCUGGGACUCACUCAGACGCAGGUCAAAAUUUGGUUCCAGAACCGUCGCUCCAAGUUCAAGAAGCUCUACAAGAACGGAGAGUUUCCACUUGGAGAUAUUCCUCUUGAGCACAGUCCGGACGCCAGCGACUCCAUGGCCUGCAACUCUCCUCCAUCUCCAGCUGUGUGGGACAGCAACAACAGCAACACCAGUAACAACAACAACAACAACAACAACAGCAGCAACAGCACUAACACAAACAGCAGCAGCAGCAGCAGCACUAAUAAUGCAGUGAUAGAUCCUUCCAGUAGGGGGCAGGGUCACUUUCAUCCUCCGGUUGAAUCCUCGACCGCAUGUAUGGGAGAGUACACACACCAGAACUGGUACCAGCAACAGGGUGCACAACUAGGGCUACAACAGUCGGGACAAGCGCACUACACUGCAUCAGGCGCAGCGUCUAGCGCACAAAGUCUCGGAGCUGUUCACUGAACACUGAACAUCAACCCUGAAGAAGAGUUCACGAGGAGGCCUUUGCUAUGAGUCUGGGAGGAUUUUUUGCGGAUGAUUUAUAGCUCUGUUGUGAACAGAAACACUUGACAGAGACACCAGUCAUAACUUUAAAUCCUAAACACAUGUGUUGUAAAACAAGUUCCUCAAAUGCUAGCCCCAGUUAGCCUGGUCUCCUCAAAUCUGGAGUUUGUGAACUCAUACUCACACAGAGGUUAUCAUGGAAAUAUGAGUGACUGGUGUGGCCUUUGCAGUGCUCAGACUAAAACUUAAAGUUUUAUUUAAAACCACAGGUGACAGAAUAAUUUUCGUAUGUUUAAUAUUUUUUAAGUGUUGCUAUUUUAAUGCCAAAAAAAAUCCAUGCAUUGAUCAACUACUGCCAUCUGAAGCGGUGAUUUCAUCCCCAAAGUUGUUACUACUGAAAUUCUUCCAGGCCUUGUAGCAUAUUAAAGUCCACCUCACCCGCAUAGGAUGCUUAAAGGUACGGUGGGCUUUUUAUGAACAGAAAGCUGGAUGGUCUGAAGGUGAGAUCAGCUACACAAGUGGAGAGACACUAAACUGUGGAGAGACACUGAAAUGAUCGAGGAUCCAUAACAGCAGCAAGCGUCCUGCAGCUUCAGCAUAUUCGUCACGUCUGUUUGUUUUUGUGUUGGAAGAGUUGUUGUUUUCCCAGAAAACACCUGGAGUAGAUGAAAGUAGAGCUGUAUGUAAACUGUGACUGCCGAAAGCACAAAUUUGUUGAGAAAAUGUACCAUAAGUGAUGUCACGCGCUCAGUAUUGGUCCGAAAAAUUUAAAAUUUGACUUAGACAAAAGUACAUGUAACAGGCAGAAACCUCGGGCAGAACCAGACUCAUGUACGACAGCCGUCUGCCUCAACUGUGUUGGGUUUGGGAGGAGAGAUAGAGGGAGAUGAAGAGAGAGGGAGAUGAUAGUGGUGAGACGGACAGUAGUAGUUGUAGCUACGCCGGCAGAGUGACAGCUGAUCAAAUUUAUAUCACCAGGGAGUUUCAUUGUAUUAAAAAACACACAAAGUGUCACCCAUUAUUUGAAAAUUGAUACCAAUCAAAAGUGAGACAGAUUACAAUUUUGGUAUCUGCAGCAGCUUUGGCACGGGGAUCAACAAUGCAGUUAAUAGAUUAUGUUUACUGGAUUUCUUUUUUGUUGUUUAUUUGCUACUGUGUUGGAUUUAGUGUCUCAAAUGAUGAAGGAAUAUAAAAUAAUGAAAAAAAAAAAAAAAAAUGCGGAGCCAGAGAAAUCUUCCGAGACAAGCUCCAAAACUAAAUACUGAAACUCCCAUAAUGCAACUCAGAAGUGUCUCUCAUUUCACUGUCCUUGAUUAAUAACGCUCGCCUCCUUCGUUUUGGAGGAGCUCCGAGGAGAGGGGUUAGACGGAGUCAUGAGGAAAUGCUACAUUCAAAUUCAUGCUAGUUUUCUGAGACUACCAACCCCAGCUUUAACUGAAAGAGCCCAGUCAGUGUGACGGAAUCAGAGUGUUUUUUUUAAGGUACAAAAGUGAGGCCAAGUCUCGCCCAAUGCAGAUGCAUACAAGUCAAUGCAUGUCAAAUUUGUGAACAGGACAAUGUAGUUCAUGCGAAAUGCAAAUGUGUUUACCAAAACAAAAAAAACAACUGUUUAUUUUGGGUUCUUGCUGCUGCAGUUGAGCCAGAUUGCAGCCUCCAUGUGAUUUGCAAGUAGCAGUUAAACUGCCACUCAGCAGAGAUGCACGGACAGGCGCUUUGCAGCUGCAGUUGAGCACAGUUGGUUUUUGCCUAAAGAAACCCUGGUACUAAAUCGACUACGACCAACACAACGGGUCUUUAAAAAGGGCACUAAAGCCUCAGGUGGCAGUAGCCAAACAAAAGUUAAUCCAGACACAUUCCCUGAAAAAGGCAGAAUUAACCAAGCUACGUAUGUGUGCCUCCAAGCGAUGUUACAAACCAAGACUAAAUGUGUGGUUUACAGACGUAUCUGGAAGGGCGAAUGUUCUGUGGUUUAUGUUUAACCAAUUCAGGACAGAAGAAGAAGAAAUCCCAGGCUCAACACUUGUGAGAAAUGCAAGCAACAAGUGCUCCACCAGAGCCACAGUAGACAUCUCACGACUGUUCUGACUCUUAAAGAAGAAUAAACUGAUUUUCAUUUGUAAACUUUUAGGUGUGGCACUUCAGUUCUGGCUCCCAAAUAUUACAAGGAACGAUAUCUUGAAAUACUGUUCAGGAGAAAAAGUUAUUGCAAGUUGGUGCUAUAGCAUUUGAAACAGAAGUUAUGUAAUUUCUAUUAAGAUGUGCUGCACGCAAGUGUUUAUUUAUAUUGUCAACUGUAGAUGAAUAGUGGCGUACCAGUUUGUGCCUUAGGAGCUUUUUUUUUGUCAGAAAUUGAGUCUAAAUAAAUGUCUAUAUUUGAAUCA